AUGGAAGACCGAUCGAACCGAGAGCGAGGCCUGAAGGCCGCCAUCCACAAUCCCCACGUUUCCGAAGAGGCCAAGCAACACGCUCGCGAGGCCCUCAAAAACGAGUUUGGUGAGGAGAUUGACACCUCUCCUAGCGCCCCUUCGGGCAAGCCCCACCCGGCCAAGCCCCACCCGGCCAAGGAUCCGGAGCAUGUCGCCCGAGGAUUAAAGGGUGCGACCCACAACCCGAGGGUUUCAGAGGAGGCCAAACGGGAAGCACAGCAUCGUUUGGAUGAGAUGUAA